AUGCAACAGUCACCUCUCCAGCACGAAAACCCACAAACCAACACGAUUUCGUUGGAAGUUAAUUCUACACAAAACGUCCAAACACCUCUAACUCCACAGACACGCGAUCCGACUUACCCUGUAAAUGCUACGUCUUCUCAACUUAAUGCCCAACUUAGCGCUCAGCGGUCUCCGUUCGUUGUAGAACUUACCGCUUGCGUGCCACCAGCUGGAGCUUCAACUGCUGCAUCGGAAGCUGUUGCAACACCAGUGACAAAGAAUGCACUAAACAUAUCAACAUCUGUAUCGCAGAACAUUAAAGCUCCAGACAUUUUUUCUCACCAAGCAACUUUUCCUAUCCAGCAGACGUCUAUCAAACUUCCUAAUCCUACCCAACCGGUGUCUGUAGUAGCUAUUUCUGCUCUUUUAGAACCUGAUCAGAGGACUGAAGAGCUUUUGGGUGCCUUGUCUAUCGAACAGCUAACGUCAAUUGAAAAUACCGUAAAACGUGUAAAGAAAAAAAAAACUAAAGAAUUAAAAAAACAUAAUAAUGAUAGCACCGUUAACAGCGGUCUUAGCAAUAAUCUAGCUACUCAUGCACGAGUCGAGCAUUCGGUACCGAACACGAUCACAACUCCAAUGUUAGCACCAAAUCCUCUGCCUUCACCUGUUAACCCUAGUACCACCUUAUCUUUUGUUUCAUCAAAUGUCAAUAACAGAGUUCAGGUACAAGAUCAACAAAUUCAUCAACAGCCUAAUCCCGACCACCAACAGAAUCGUACACAGCAACGGCCAGUGCAACAAACACAAAAUCAUUCAAGCCAACCGCAGCAAACAAUAUCACAAACUAUCUCAAAGGAACAAAUGUCAGAGAUAUCUACUCGACUCCGACGAUCUGAUGUUCCUAUCACUAACCCAAAUCCAAACCAUGCUCUUCCAGCAACGGAUCCAGUUAUCGAAGAAUUUGAAGGCGUGCAAUGGGUUGUUUUUACAUAUUCGGUUAAAGGCAACAACAAAGAAUACCGUAUACGGAUUGAUGUCGAUAAGGUUAACCUUGAUGAGGUCGAUGAACAGUUUAGGAAUGAUAAUUGUUUAUAUCCAAGAGCUAAUUGUACAGAGGACAAGUACCAAGGUAAUAGGUGGUCAUAUGAAAAUGAAUGUAAUGCUUUAGGAUGGAAAUUGGCUUGGCUUAACCAAGAAGAGAUUAGUGGUCGAAGAGGACUACUUCAAAGAGCAGUAGAUAGCUUUCGAAAUCGUGAUCCUUCAUUACGUUCUCGGAGAGUUGUUCGGAAUGAAAAGAUUAUGAAUGGAACACUACGUAAGAGAGUCACUAGGGAUAAUGACUCUUGUGAUGCUUCAUCUGAAAUUUCUGCCAAACGACCCCGCGGUGCGAGUAAACAGUUGACAGUAGAAUAUACAGUGAAAGAAGAAACUACCAAAAUUCGUAUACGUGCUGACGUUGAAUGUGUAAAUUUAUCUGAAAUAUCUGAUGAUUUUAAAAAAAAUAACUGUGUAUAUCCUAAAGCUGCAGUUGCAAAGGCAAACUAUCAAGGAACAAACUGGGAACAUGAGUCAGCAUACAAUGAAUUAGGCUGGAAAUUGGCUCACCUGAAUUCCACGAAACUUGCUGGGAACAUAUUACUUAUUCAAAAAGCAAUAGACACGUACUACACAAAAUAUGCUUCCGAAUCUAAACCUCGUCGAGGAAGAUAUUCGCAUACCCUUUCAUCUAAAUUCUUUGAGAAUCAUCCUCGUGAAGUGAGUUCGGAUACCACUACGUGUGCAGCGACAUCAUUACCAAUGAAAGAAACUAGUCAUCAAACAAUGUCUGUUAUUCCAUCUGAUACCAUGGUCGUACUAACGCCUUCCGAUUCUAAAUCAGCAGUGAUACCAAUGGGAAAAACAGAGGACUUAAAUAUUAUUGCAAAAGGUAAUCCAUUGGAAACUAGCAAAGAGUAG